CGCGCUCCGGGCGCUAUAAGACGGCGGCGGCCGCGGCGCGCCCUGCGCGGAGCUGGGAGCGCGAUGGUCGGCCGCCGCGGCGCGGCAAGAUGCUGGAUGGGCCCCCGCUGGCGCGCUGGCUGGCCGCGGCCUUCGGGCUGACGCUGCUGCUCGCCGCGCUGCGCCCUUCGGCCGCCUACUUCGGGCUGACGGGCAGCGAGCCCCUGACCGUCCUCCCGCUGACCCUGGAGCCCGAGGCGGCCGCCCAGGCGCACUACAAGGCCUGCGACCGGCUGAAGCUGGAGCGGAAGCAGCGGCGGAUGUGCCGCCGGGACCCGGGCGUGGCGGAGACGCUGCUGGAGGCCGUGAGCAUGAGCGCGCUGGAGUGCCAGUUCCAGUUCCGCUUCGAGCGCUGGAACUGCUCGCUGGAGGGCCGCUACCGGGCCAGCCUGCUCCGGCGAGGCUUCAAGGAGACCGCCUUCCUCUACGCCAUCUCGUCGGCCGGCCUGACGCACGCCCUGGCCAAGGCGUGCAGCGCGGGCCGCAUGGAGCGCUGCACCUGCGACGAGGCGCCCGACCUGGAGAACCGCGAGGCCUGGCAGUGGGGGGGCUGCGGGGACAACCUCAGGUACAGCAGCAAGUUCGUCAAGGAGUUCCUGGGCCGGCGGGCCGGCAAGGACCUGCGAGCGCGCGUGGACUUCCACAACAACCUCGUGGGUGUGAAGGUGAUCAAGGCCGGGGUGGAGACCACCUGCAAGUGCCACGGCGUGUCGGGCUCCUGCACGGUGCGGACCUGCUGGCGGCAGCUGGCGCCCUUCCACGAGGUGGGCAAGCACCUGAAGCACAAGUACGAGACGGCGCUCAAGGUGGGCAGCACCAGCAACGAGGCCGCGGGCGAGGCAGGCGCCAUCUCCCCUCCCCGGGGCCGCGUCUCGGGGGCGGGCGGUGGUGACCCGCUGCCCCGCACUCCGGAGCUGGUGCACUUGGACGACUCACCCAGCUUCUGCCUGGCCGGCCGCUUCUCCCCAGGCACCGCCGGCCGCAGGUGCCACCGCGAGAAGAACUGCGAGAGCAUCUGCUGCGGCCGUGGCCACAACACGCAGAGCCGGGUGGUGACGAGGCCCUGCCAGUGCCAGGUGCGCUGGUGCUGCUACGUGGAGUGCCGGCAGUGCACGCAGCGCGAGGAGGUCUACACCUGCAAGGGCUGAGUGUCUGGGCCCAGCCCAGCUGUGUGGGGUGCCAGCAUUGCACACGGCAUGGAGGGUCUCCACCUGCAAGGGCUGAGUCCCCAGCCCGCCAGCCCAGCUGCCCGGGGUGCAGGCAUUGCACACAGCAUGGAGGGUCUCCACCUGCAAAGCUGAGUGUUUGGGCUGGGCUGCCCAGGGUGCCAGCAUUGCACACGGCAUGGAGGGUCUCCACCUGCAAGGCUGAGUGUCUGGGCCCAGCCAGCCCUGCUGCUCCGAGUGCCGGUAUUGCACACGGUGUGAGAAGGUCUCUACCUGCAGGGGACGAGUGCCCGGGCCUGGCCUCAUCCCUGCUGUGCAGGAUGAGGGCCAUGCACGCAGUGUGAGGGGUCUACACCUGCAAGGACUGAGGGUCUUUCCUGGCACCCUGGGGCAUACAGCUGAAGCAGGGGGCCGGGGGCCAUCUGAGUUGGCUGUCUAAGCCCUGUCUCCCCGUCUCCAGGACCCAGAGGUGGGAGCUGGCUCUGGUCUGGUGUGUGCAACCUCUCUGCUUACGCCCUGGGCCUCGACCUCCUCCGUCUGACCCGAGAGCAUUGCUCCAGUGCUUUCUGAGCUGUCUCCCAUCCCCAGCACACCAGUCCCUGGGGAGCAGCGCCCACACCAGCCCACUGGCUUUGCUCCCCACCGCCUCUGAGGCACCUUGGUGACCACGUGGCCUCUGUGUGGGCCACCCGUGGGGGACUGGCCUGGCCCAGGCUGCCCCGACACCAGCACUGUCUUCAGAGAGUGAAACCACUAGAAGAGGGCGCAGCCUGUUCUGCCCCCGCGGGGCCCGGUCGUGGAGGUGCCCAGGCUCGGGGGACUCUGCCAACCUCUGACGUUGAGCACUUCUCUUUGGAGUAAAUAUCAGUGACUUAAAUUAUGAUUAUUUAAUUAAUAUAAUAAUUAUUUUCUCCAUCCCUGCCACCUCCCCGGCUGCAGCUCCCCGCUCUCGGCUAAGCCCCAGUCUGGGAGGCCCGGCGUCUGUCCCUGACCGGUUCCCUCCCAACCCCGCCUCUGAUCUGCUUAGUUGUUUGAAACCACUAAAUCGAGAUAGAUGUGUGUAGUUAAGGAAAUACGGUGAGCUGUGUCUGGCCACAGCCCUUGGGGCAUCUGGAAGCCAGCUCCCCUCGCCCCGUGCCAGCUGGCCACUGCCAUGUGGUGGGCCAGCGAGGGCCCUUGCCCUGCACCCUGUGGGCAGAGGGCCCGGCCUGGCAGCUCAGCAGAUUCUCGGGCUGGGGAUGGCGGUGGGGUGUGGGCACUGAGGGGCAGGACGGCCCUUUGGUUCGUGUCAUAUCAUGAGGAAGCCGCUUGCUCUGUGUUACCUGGGGGACAGAUUGGGACAGAGGCCAGUGGAGGGAGUCUCGGGCUCACAUCUGGCCACAGAACGCCGUGCUUUAUGGCCCUGCUGUUUGCUGGGGACAGUGUGACCUACACUAACCUGGCUUGGUUUGAGGGUGUGGUGCAUGUGUGUUGUGAGAGUGUGUGCGCUGGCGUGGUCAGUGU